GUGUCCUUAUUUGAGAACAAUGAUAGUUAUUAUAUUUAGUUACAAAUUGAGAUGAAGUUCGUGUCUUUAUUUUUCACUAUCCCAAAACAGAUCCCGGAAAAAGAAAAUGAAAGGCGGAAAAUUCAAAACGACGAGACGUUUUGGCGACGGGAGAAAAGCAUUGACGUCUGUUUUCUUACGUGGCCAAAUUUCAUUGGAAACAAGUAAUGACGUGGCGGAACCUGUCUGACGUGUCAUCUUGCACAAUUUCCAUAUUUGAGUGCAAUCUGAAAAUUUCCUUCAAACUCAGUCCAAAUCGGCGAAAAAGCAGCGGCAGUAAUGGCGAUUCCGGUGAAGCAUUUUCCUCUAACAUCCCUGCUGCUGUUAGCUCUAUUAGUCAUUUCCUCCGCCGUCGCUGUUUCUGAUUCUCCGUUCAUCGUGGCACAUAAGAAGGUUGCUCUCCAGAGGCUCAAAUCAGGAGCCGAGCGAGUCACCGUCUCCAUCGACAUCUAUAACCACGGAUCCGAGGUUGCAUAUAAUGUAAGUCUUACCGAUGACAAUUGGGGCCAAGAUAUGUUUGCUUUUGUCAAUGGUGAAACUUCCAAUUCAUGGGAAAGACUUGAAGGGGGUACUCAUGUUUCCCAUUCCUUUGAGUUGGGGUCCAAGGUAAAAGGCAAGUUUUAUGGUGCACCUGCUUGCAUUACAUUCCGGAAACCAACAAAGGCUGCCUUGCAGGUAGCAUAUUCAAAUGAUAUUCUGCCAUUGGAUAUCCUUGCUGAUGGGCCUACAGAGAACAAAUUUGAAUGGAUACACCCUCUAAAAUUUCUUAGAGGUUUUUAGCUUGUUCGUUAGUGGUUAUUCAAUAUACUAAUUGGUUUUUAUUUGUACUGAUUACUGCUGUGGUUUCCAUCCAAUCAUUCAUCAUGGCCCAACUCUCAGGCAAAGGCACUUUUAACUAAUUGUGGACCUCAAAUUUCUACCAUUGCCAUUGUUGCUCUUUUUGUAUACCUGAUUACUACACCUUCGAAAUCAAGUGCUGUCAAAGGUAGCAAGAAGCGGCAUUGAGCACCGGGGAGGCGGAGACUUUUCAGAAGAAUUCGAGCUAUCUAUCCUCUUUGACCACUUGGAGCAGCUUUUGUCAAGUUAGCAAUAUACCCUUCCAAUUUGUUGAAAUAUUCAUCAAGAAUAUAGAGAAUGAUAUUUAACUACUAUGGGAAAAUUAUUGAUAAAUUUUGUCACAGGCU